AUGGAUAGAAACAUUCUUAAUGCUUCUAGUGAUAGGGCACUUGGUGAUAAAACUCCAGUUGCUGCUAAAGCCCUGAUUGAGAACAUGUCACUCAACUCCCAACAAUUCACAACCAUAAAUAAUUCUAUGGUCCAAACAAAAGUGAGUAAACCUCAAACAACAAAGUUGUGUGGUAUUUGUACCUCUAUUGAACAUCCAACUGAAACAUGUCCUAUACUUCAAGAUGAUUCGGUCACUCAGUUGCCUCAAGCAUGUGCAGCUAACUUUUUUAACCAAAGCAACAAUCAGAGAGGGUACAACAUUCCUGACUUGUCCACCAACAAAUAUCAUCCCAAUUGGAGGAACCAUCCAAACCUUCGAUAUGGAAACCAGCAGCCCACCCAACAACAAUUAGUCAUACCCCUGCCACAACCACAGACCACUCCCCAAGUCUCCACCUUUGUACCUUCUGGACCUUCAUUGGAGGAUCUUGUCAAACAAAUGGCUGUUAACGAUCUCCAAUUUCAGCAACAAACAAAUUCCAGUAUUCAGACUUUGCAGACACAGAUUGGACAACUUGCCACUUCGAUGAAUGCCAUGCGGCAAGCGCAAGGAUCAAACCAACUUCCUGCCCAAACAAUUGUGAAUCCAAAAGGUCUUAAUGUUAAUGUGAGUGCAAUUUUGUUGAGAUCCAGAAAGGUAACAGAACCAGCCCUAGAAAAAAAUAAAAAAAUUCUUGAGGUAACACCUGAACCUUCUUCCGUUGUGAUAGAAAUUGAACCCUCUGUUGUGGUAGAAACGGAAAAAGAAAAAGAGAAGGAGUAUGUGCCACCAGUUCCCUUCCCACAUAGAAUACUGAAAAAUAAAAGGACUGGUGAUGGAGACAAGGAGAGAGAGAUUUUAGAUGUGUUCAUAAAAGUGGCGGUAAACAUUCCGCUUCUUGGUGUUAUUAAGCAGGUUCCAAAGUAUGCAAAAUUUCUAAAAGACUUGUGCACAAGUAAGAAAAGGUUGAAGGGCAAUGAGAGAGAAAAUUUGGGACGAAACAUUUCAGCCCUUAUUCAGCCUAAACAUUCACCUGAAAAAGCUACAGUUUCAUCCCUCAAUCAGGCAAUACCCCAAAAGUGCAAGGAUCCAGGAACUUUUGUUAUUCCAUGUACCAUUGGGGAUAAUAAAUUCAACAAUUGCAUACUUGAUUUGGGAGCAGGCAUUAAUGUUAUGCCUACUUCUAUUUAUAAUAACCUUGAUCUUGGUCCUUUACAGCAUAUAGGUUUAAUCAUUCAACUAGCGAACAGAAGUAAUGCUCGCCCUAUUGGAGUAGUGGAAGAUGUGUUUGUUCAAGUUAAUGACUUGAUUUUUCCUGCAUAUUUCUACAUUCUAGACAUGUAUGAGGAAACAAAUUCAAGCAGACCGCCUAUCAUUUUAGGCAGACCGUUCAUGAAAAUGGCGAAAACAAAAAUUGUUGUCGACGAUGGAACCAUCACUAAGGUCCAUCUUUCAGUGGAUCGAAUUGAAUCUGAUAUGAUUAUGGUUGUCACUGAGUCAGAAGUUCAAUUAGAAGAUAAUCGAUUGGCGGAAGAGGAUUACAGAAUGGAGAAACCAAAAGCUAAAGGCGAUUCCAAGGAUGAAGAUGAAUGA